GCCUGGUGAGAGGUUGCCUUCAAUUUUUCUUAUUCUUGAUAUUGGUGACUCAUGAGAGCCCAACAUUUACGCCAGGGCAAGCAAGAGCCAGAUGGACAUUGGGCAACUCUGUGCCUCGCGGAGGAAAAUCAACUAAACAAUGGCAAUGGUGAUCCUAAGAAGCCAAGAGACAAAAUGUCCUCAUAUGCAUUCUUUGUGCAAACCUGCCAAGAGGAGCACAAGAAGAAGCACCCGUAUGCUUCUGUCAACUUCUCAGAGUUCUCCAAGAAGUGCUCAGAGAGGUGCAAGACCGUGUCUUUUAAAGAAAAGGGGAGAUUUGAAGAUAUGGCAAAGGAUGACAAGGCUCGUUAUGAAAGAGAAAUGAAAACUUACAUUCCCGCCCCCAAAGAGGAGACCGAAAAGAAGUUCAAGUACCCCAAUGCCUCCAAGAGGCCUCCUUCGGCCUUCUUCUUGUUCUGUUCUGAGUACCGCCCAAAAAUCAAAGGCGAGCAUCCUGGCUUAUCCAUUGGUGAUGCUGCAAAGAAACUAGGAGAGAUGGGGAACAACACUGCCCCGGUUGACAAGCAGCUCUAUGAGAAGAAGGCCACCGAGCUGAAAGAGAAGUACGAGAAGGAUAUUGCUGCCUAAAGAGCUAAAGGAAAACCUGAUGCAAAGAAAAAGGGGGUGGACAAGGCUGAGAAGAGCAAGAAAAAGAAGGAAGAGGAAGAUGAUGAAGAGGAUGAGGAAGAGGAGGAAGAAGAGGAAGACAAAGAAGAUGAUGAAUAAGUUGGUUCUAGCACAGUUUUAUUUUUCUUCUCUAUAAAGCAUUUAACCCCCCUGUAAAAAAUUCACUCCUUUUAAACAAAAUAAUUGAAAUGUAAGGCUGUGUAAGAUUUGUUUUUAAACUGAACAGUGUCUUUUGUUGUGUAGUUAACACACUAACAAAUGUGUCUUUAGCUAGCCCUGUCCUGGUGGUAUUUUCAAUAGCCACUAACCUUGCCUGGUACAGUCUGGGGAUUGUAAAUUGGCAUGGAAAUUAAAUCAGGUUCUUAUUGGUGCACAGCACAAAUUAGUUCUAUAUGGGAACAGUAGUUUGGUUUUGGUUUCUUUUUUUGUUUGUUUGUUUUUGUUUUUUUCUUUUGGUUUUCUUUUCUUUCUUUCUUUUUUUUUUUUUUUCCAUCUUCAGCUGUCUCUCAUGCAGCUUACAGGAAGGUAAUUGUUAUUCUGUUAACUGAAUACCACUCUGUAAUUGCGAAAAAAUGGCGACUGUUUUGUUGACAUUCUGAAUGCUCCUAAGUAAAUACAAAUUUUUUAUUAACAACAACAACAACAACAACAACAACAACAACAACAACAAAACCAAAAGAAUUACAGCAGGAGAGAAGACACAUUCAUCAGCCGCACCAGUGCUGAGACUUUACUGCAUUCCUUAUACCUAAUGAAUAAACAAAAUCCAUCCUUCUGCCUAUGAGCAAAUAAAUGUGUCUUUCAGGAUAGAUAUUUAAUUUUAUGUGAACUUUUGGGCACACAGUUCACAAAAGAAUUAAAGCAUUAUUGUGAAUCAUCAUCAACUUCUAAAUAUGCAUUAUGCAUUUUUUCUUAUUUUUAGCCACAUUUUUUUGUUGAUGGUGCCAAUAUACUAAUGGAACAGAUUAAAUAAUGUAUUUGGACCUGAACUUACUUUAUAUAAUAUCACAGUAACAAUGAAGAAUAAAUUGAAUUGACAGUCCCCUCGUAAUCACAAUUAUACAAAAGUACCACACUGAAUUAAUUAAUGUUGGUUAUCAUCCUUUUUUUUAUGAAAUAUAGUACUCAGAAAAACAUAAUAGAGAAAGCCAGACAUGCCAUAUUGAAGGUGUUCUUGUCUUUUUAUUCAUUUACAAAGUGAAAAUAAUAGAUUGUGAAGGCAGGAACAUUACUCAUGUGCCAUUCAAUCCCAUGGAGCUGGUAAAGUCUGAGUGUAUAUGUUUGUAUGUGAUUGAUAGUAUUCUCUUUCUGGCCCAUUUUCAAGAUUUAAAUGACUUUUAUUUGAAGAUUGUUUUACAUGUUGCAUUUUUUUCAUUCUGAUUAAGAAAAAUGACUACAUAAAUAGUGACACAAAACAAAAAACCUGUAAUGAAGUCAUGAAUGAUUAGCAUGAAAUUUUGCAGAAUAGAUGUACUUGUCUUCCGUAACAAACGGAGACUCUACCUAAACUAAGAAAAAUUUGGGGGUAACAGCAAGAACUCAGUGGUUAUGAAUGAUUGUUUUGCAUGAAGAUCCAUGUAACAAGCAUAGAUAUAUUCACUGCUCUUCCCAUGACAGGGACAGGAGAAUAUUUGAUAUUUAAUGGCCUCUAGCCGAACUAGAGAUUUACUGUAGUCCUUGUCUCAAUGAUUUAGGGAGAAUACAGAGCAGGACCCCUGCAUCUGUUGUCUAAUUCAUGUGAAUCACGCAUACAGAUAAGCAUGAGUGCAGAAAUACAUCAUAUUUACUCAUAAAACUACUGAUAGUAUUGUUUUUAAAAGUAACAUAAAACAUUUUUAAAUUACAUUUUGGUGUGUGUGUGCAUGUAUAUAUGAGUGUGUGGAUAUGUGUACAAUAUAUAAUAUAAUAUAUAAUAUAUAAUAUGUGUGAGUACAUCACAAUGCAGAUAUAAAAAAGUUAGAGGACAAAAUUAAGAGUCUAUUAUAUUCUUGUACUUAAUGAAUCCUGAGGAUAGAACUCAGUCCUCCAGUCUUGGCAACCGGUGUCUUUACCUGAUAAACUGUUUCACUGGCUCAUGAUACUAUUUGAUAAAAUAUUUUGCAAGUGUAGGAGGUUAGAAAAAGUACUGUGUUAGCUUGUCUGUUUAUCAUGUGCUCAACAUGAAAUUGACAUGUAUAAGAUAAAUGUACAUGUAUAUAUUUGUGUUUAUGCAUAUGACAUAUACUGUCCUACAAAUAUUUAAACUGUUGCAUAAUACAUACUAAAGUUAAUUUAACAGGUACAAGCAUGGCAAACACAGUAGAAUAUCAUGAAUAUUGAAGACAGUUUUUGCUCUUUUACCUUUUUUCCUGUCUUGUAUAUUGAACAAAAAAACAAUUAAAAGGAACAAAUAGAAAAUGCAAAGAAAACAUAACAAACAACAACAAAAGAUAUAUUCUUCAAGCUAACCUUCAAGGUCCAUGCUCACAUUUGUCCACAUCCUCCUGAGAUUGACUACAGAGAUCCACACAUCAAAAUAUUCAAAUGUUGAAAUCACCCCCCACCAUUUGGCUAUUCUAAACAUCAACACUAAUACAAAUUUAUCAAACCCAUCCUAACACAGAUUUUCCCCUUUUGCAUUUAUAAAUUAAAAGAUGCUGAUAGAUCUGCCUUCUCUCCAUGACAAAUGACUCAUCCCUUCUCCCUUGUUCUCUAUCUCCUAUCAUUGUCAUUAAUUCGCUCCUUUUUUUCUUUGAGGCAAAUAAAUCUUAUUAGUGAUAAGAACUUCUUGAGUAUAUUGAGUUAAUUUGGAAGUCCUUAUACAUAUAUACAAUCUGCAACCUGCUACAUUGUAAUAUAUGCAUAUUUACAUAUAUAAUUAUACCUUCAUACAUACACACAUAUAAGAAUUACAUCAUAAAACAUGAAAGAGAAAGCAUUAAAAGUUAUAAAUGUAAAAUGUCAGAAUAUUUUAUGUCUAACUUGUGUGUACCUCAGAUACCAAUUUCUCAUUAGCAAAUUCAGACAUUAUUACAAACUUAUAAAUUUUGCUAUUUAUUUAAAAUUUUAAUAACUAAAUCUUUGCUUUUUUGUAAUUUCAGGGUGCCAGUUUCUGCCCACACUCUGCAUUGUCAAAUCUAUCAUCUUUAAAGAAAAUCAGAUCUUAUUGAUCCUAUGUUUCCUUUGUAAACAGCUGUGAAUUUAUGAUGUCAGUAAUUAUAUAGUGAGGAUUCCCUACAUGACUUUCUUAUGCAGCCCACUGGGAAGUUUGGGACAACUAUAUUAAUUUUUGUACUUUCCCCUUUGGAAAUGUAUUUUUGGCUUGAUAUGUUACACAUAUGUGAGGCUAUCUUAAAUGAGUUAAAUGAGAUGGAAAAAUUCCAUAAAACAUGAAAUGAACAGAAUUCUAUCGCUGUUCACUGAACUGUCUAAUAGCAAAGAAAAUCCUGACAGACUAAGGUAAUGAUUCUACUCAAAUACAACUUGAUGAACCAAUGAGCUUUAUUGUGGUCACUCACAAGCCCAUAUAUAGGAUGUUACAGGAGUAUAUGUUAGGAUAUCUUGCAGUAUAAGGAAAACAAUCUUAAGCAGCUACACUAAUAACUGAGACACCAACAAGGCACCAUAUAUGGGCUGAAUCAAGGUCUCCAGCAUAUAUAUGGAAGAAGACUGCCUUGUCUAGUCUCAGUGGGAGAAAAUAUACUUAAUCCUCAAGACACUUGAGGCCUUAGGGAAAGAGUGGUCUGGAGGUUGGUGAGACCGUCUUCAUGGCAUUGGGGAGGAGGCAUCAGAUGAGGAACUGUGAGAGAGGGGACUGAUAUUUUGUGGCAAGUAUUAGAAUGUAAAUAAAUAAAGCAAAUUUUUAAAAACACACUUGAGGCAGAAAACAUGCAUGAAAAUUGAAUCUGGAGACCUUCUGCACAUCUUCAAGGUAGCCAGAACAAAUGAAGAAUCACUUCCUUCAACUGGACUGUGAAUCUGAUCCCCAGCAGGAGAUGACUGCUUCCAUAACUGUGGAGAUGGGCCACAUGUGUAUGAAGUUUCAGCUUCCUAGGCAUUUGCUGAUUUUCUUUUCGAAACUGCAAAAUCCCUCUUUCUGACUCAUGUAGAAAAUUAUAUACUUUGGAGGAAGCUACUAUAUUUCAUUUUACUCACUCAUUCUUUCCCAUUCUGUCAAAUUUCUGAACAUAUAUUUCAGUCUUUGCCAAAGAAUAUUAUAGUUUUCAAAUCACUGUAUAUUUUCUUCAUUUCUUUUCAAGUCUUUACAUUCUAGGAACUAUAGGUCAUGGAAGACAUGAGAAAAUGGUUUUGAAAGUACAUGUGAGCUAAAGGAAUUUGACAUGUUCUUAUUCUCCUUCAAUGUGUAAGCCAAACAUGUAACCUAAAGGAAAUCAGAGAUAAUUAUUGUAUUUCCUCAAAAUGUGAGUAAGUUUUCCUUUGUAAAGUUAUUACAUUGCUGUAGUAAAGAAUAAUAGAACAAAGAGAUGAAUAUUGUCAUGCAUUUGUGCAGGAAACUGAGCCUCCAGAGGCUCUUUAGAGAGUGAGUCCUGAGUUCACUUCCCCAAUAUAUGUGAAGGCAGUGCAUGGACAUGGCUCUGUGCCUGUCUGGUGAGAAACAGGGUGGCAAAAUCAGUGGAGAUACCAAGAGCUUUCUGACUAGCCAGUCUACCUGAAAUUCCUGUCUCAAGGAAACAAGGCAAAGUGAUAGAUGAAGCUAUCAUAUAUUCUUGUCUGUUUCCACAUGUGCUCAGAUGGGGGGAACUAUUGGCACAUUGACUUGAAUAUAUUAUACACACACACACACACACACACACACACAAACAUAUACACAAACACAUAUCAUGUACAUAUAAAUCCAUCAUCCUCACAAAUAUUUUACAAACACA